AUGAAGUUGCUUACCCUUUCAGCUGUUGUUGCUCUCGCCGCUUGUGUCUCAGCCACACCUGCUGGCCACGUCGAUUUGGUUAAGCGUGCUGCUCUUGCCACACAAACUUUGAUUGUUGACGGUGAAACAGUUAUUCAGGUUGUUGAUGGUGGUGUUUCCACUGAAGUCGAUAUUGACACUCAAGUCAAUACUAAAGUUAUUACCCAAACAGCCUAUUCAUUCAUUUAUGCUUACACUGGCACUGACACUGAAGCUGUUAUCGGAAGACUCAGAAAUGCUCUUGAACAUGCAAUCGAUCCCGCAGGAACUGAUUCUGCCUCUGGUACACCUAGCACCUCAUCCAACCCUACAUCUAGCACCGAUUCCACCUCUUCCGCACCUAGCUCCACUGAUACUGGUUCUUCCAGUGGUACUGAUACCGGUUCUUCCAGUGGUACUGAUACCGGCUCUUCCAGUGGUACUGAUACCGGCUCUUCCAGUGGUACUGAUACCGGUUCUUCCACUGGUACCGGUUCUUCUACUGAUACAGGUUCUUCCACUGGUACUUCCACUGAUACCGGUACCACCUCCAAUACCAGUACUUCUACUGAUACUGGUACCACCUCUAACACUAGUACUUCUAGUACCAGUAGCACCGGUACCACCACCACUACUUCUAGCUCUUCCACCUCUAACACUUCCACCAGUAGUACUACUACCUCUACUCCUUAAAUUAUUAUCAGCAAAAAAUAUCCUACAAAAUGUUUAUCCAUUUUAUAACAUAAAUAAAAAUACUUUUAGAAUAGUAACCGAAUCACAACGGUUGUAUAAAAU